CAAGCCUCGACGAUCUAGUGAAUAGGAGAGAUCUUUAUAUGCAAGCUUCUGACCCAUCUUCUAGCCUAUAGAACUGUUUAAGGAUUGUCACUAUGCUGGUACAGCCCUACCAACUCUCGGCAACUGAUGUCGCUGCCAAGAUCCGAGAUGGCCAGCUCUCAGUUGAGGAGUAUGCGCAGUCACUCCUGGCACGUAUCAAAGAGCGAGAUCCAGUUGUGAAAGCAUGGGCUUAUAUCAAUCCUGAUCAAGUACUCCAAGAAGCUCGGAAACUAGAUGCUGUCCCCAAGGAAGACCGAGGACCUUUGCAUGGUGUUGCAAUUGCGGUCAAGGAUGUCAUCUACACGAAGGAUAUGCCAACGCAGUUUAACUCACCCAUCUACAAAGAUGAUGCUCCCCAAGUCGACGCAGCUAGCAUCAUCAUCCUCCGCAAAGCAGGUGCGCUCAUACUAGGCAAGACGACCACCACCGAAUUCGCAGCCACUACUCAAGGACCUCAAACAACAAACCCUCACGAUAGUUCUCGUACACCUGGAGGCUCAUCAUCAGGAUCUGGGGCAGUUGUAGCAGACUUCCAAGUUCCCCUCAGUCUUGGAACACAGACCGGAGGAAGCACCAUCCGCCCAGCCUCUUUCAACGGUAUCUAUGGAUUCAAACCAACAUGGAACUCAAUCUCAAGGGAAGGGCAGAAAGUAUUCUCGCUUAUUCUUGAUACAUUAGGCAUUUACGCUCGGACCGUGGAGGAUCUGAACUUACUCGCUGAUGUAUUUGCCUUGCAAGACGACGAGCCACCUAACCAAAAAUACUCUCUCAAAAAAGGAAAAUUCGCGAUCUGCAAAACAAUGGUUUGGCCCCAAGCUGGCCCCGGUCUAGUCAAAGCAACGGAUAAGGCCGUUGAACUCCUCCGAUCAAGCGGUGCUACGGUAGAAGAGAUUGAGUUUCCCGAACAUCUGCAAGAUCUACCAAAAUGGCACUCCAUCGUCUUCAACACUGAUGGACGAACAGCCUUUCUACCAGAGUAUAGGGUUGACAAGACCCAGAUUGCAGAUCAGCUGGUUGGACACGUUGAGAACCGCCUCAAGAUCUCUAAAGCUGCGCAGGUUAAGGCUUUUGAUGACAUUGCAGCGGCAAGACCUGUUGUUGAUGACAUGUUGGCGGAUUAUGAUGCUGUGUUGGUUCCGAGUGUACCGGAUGAGGCACCGAAGGGCAUUGAGGCUACUGGAAGUGCUGCAUUCAAUCUGAUAUGGACUGCGCUGCAUACUCCUGUCAUCAACAUUCCGGGGUUCGCUGGUGAGAACGGAAUGCCGAUUGGCUUGUCCCUUGUUGCACCUAGGUAUCACGACAGAAAGCUUCUGGUAGUGAGUGAAGCUGUAGGAAGGCUCUUCGAGACAUCAGGAGGAUGGAAAUCACAGGUAGUCUAG